AGUGCCCGCGGCGGCUAGGCCCGGGCCAGGUGCUUUCGGGCCAGCUGUCAGAGGAGCUUCCAGGACUGAAUCCGGAGCUUCUUCCGAAGACAUGGGGGACCAAGACCUCCCAAGUGUGCUGGUGUCUGAAUUUGAAGGAUCGCAAGGCAUUAAUGAGGAUUAUGCUGGAGAGCUGCGGAAGUACUUUAAUCUCAUAACCAUGCAGGAAUUUCUAGAAAAUAAGGUGCAGUUUGGUAAAAAAAUCCAAGCUGUGUAUGUUUGGAAAGGAAGGCCAGUCAUCAGUCAGGAGCUUCUGCAGGACUUGCCAUCCUUGAAGAUCAUUGCCAGCGCUGGCGUGGGCCUCGACCACCUGGAUCUGAACCUCAUCAACAACUUUGGUGUGCGGUUGGCCAACACACCCCAUGUUGUUUCCAGCCCCACAGCAGAUAUGGCAAUGGCCUUGCUGCUGGCUGCAGCCCGUAGAGUGGUGGAAGGUCACCAGCUGGCCAUUUCACCGGAUUCCAAGAAACUCUCUGUGGAAAUUCUGGGUGAAAGAGUGACAGGGGCCACCCUAGGCAUUGUUGGCAUGGGUGCCAUUGGCUACAAGAUUGCCCAGAGGGCCAGAGGGUUCGAAAUGAAGGUUCUGUACCACAACAGGAGACGCAGGGCACUGGAGGAGGAGGAAGCUGUUGGGGCCACAUACUGUGAAAAGUUGGAUGACUUGCUUCAAAAGUCAGACUUUGUGAUGUUAGCCUUGAACUUAACACCACAGACCCAGAAGAUGAUUGGGCAGAGGGAGCUAGGGCUGAUGAAGCCCACGGCCAUUCUUAUCAAUGUGGGCAGAGGUCUGCUAAUUGAUCAAGAGGCCCUAGUGGAAGCUCUUCAGACUGGGGUUAUUAAAGCAGCUGCAUUGGAUGUGACACACCCAGAGCCCCUACCCAGAGAUCACCCUCUGCUGAGGCUGGACAACGUCAUUCUGACACCACACAUAGGAAGUGCAACGCAUCAGGACAGAUGGCAGAUGAUGGAAGAGAUGGUGGAAAGCAUCCAGGCUGCUCUCAGGGGCCAUCCCAUCCCUAAUGAAGUACUGCUCAAGUGAUGCAUGUGACUGAGAAUGCAGUGAGACCAGAGCACAAGGAAUAAGUGGGCAUUUAUGAGCACUAUGCAUUUGAAAUGUUGAGAGUUCAUGAUAUAGAUCAAUAAUAUUUUGACUGAAAAACUUUAAGAAUGACAAUAUAGCUAAUGUUUCUUGA